AUGUCAGACUAUGACAACUUUGAGCUUAAGUAGAUUUAUUACAAAAGCGACUAGAUAAAUCAGAGGAGCACCGUAACUCCAAAUGGAUUAAAAGAAGAAAUUUUAUAAGAGACUAAAUUAAUCCAUUAGCAAGAAGAGGAAAUAUAAUCUUUAUAACAUCAAAUCGAAUAAGACUUACCUUAAAUGGUCGGUAAGCUAGAAGAGGUUUAAUUAAGAUUAAAGCAAGCAGAAGAUGAAGCUAAUUUAUGGAAAAGCAAACAUUAAAUGCUUCUUGAAAAUAGGCCAAAUAUACAAUAACCAACAGUAGAUAAAUAAUCUAUAAAAGAGCUAAAUUUAGAAUAAGCGCAACAAGCUGUACAAGAUUUAUUAAUAAAAUAAGAAUAGAAUGAGUAACAUAAAGACGAGCAACAAAAUAAAAUAAUGGAAUAAUAAAAUUAAUUAUAACAGCUCCAGGAUGAGAAAGAUAAUCUUUAAAGAGAAAACAAUCUAUUACUAGAAUAAAAUCAGAUAGUUAAAUAAUAAAAUGAUUUAUAAAAGAAAUAGGUUGAGGAAUUGAAAAAUUAAGACUUGGAAAAUCGAUAAUAAAUAUUAGACUUGAAAAAUUAAUUGGAAUAAGAAAAUGCAGAGUUUUGGAGAACUGAAUAUCAAAAAUUAGCAAAUAAACACGGAGAAGAUAUUCCAACAUAAUUCCCAAGUUCAAAAUAAGUAGUUCCAUAACACAUCUAAAAAGAUGAAGGAAAUUAGACAGAAGCUAUAUAAGAAUUGAAAAAAUAAAAUGAAUUAUUACAAACAUAAUUAGAAGAUUAAAAUUAAUUACAAUAAGAAAAUGAUGAAUUAAAGGCUAACAAAUUAUAAUUGUAAGACUAAUUAUUAUAAGCUUAAAAAUAAUUGCAAGAUUUAUUAUCUGAAUAAAUUCCAAAAUAAGUAACAUCCUCAGGAUCAAUUCAAUUUUAGACUGAUCCAUAAAAAGCAUUAUAGAUCAGUUAAUUAUAAUAAACUAAUUAAGCAUUAAAUUAAUAAAUAGAAGAAUUAUAACAAUAAAGAAAAGAAGAUUUAUAGAAGUUUUAAGAUAUGAUUGGAAAUGGAGUAAAUGAAUAAUAAAUUGUGGCCUUGAUGUCUGAAAAAUAAUAACUGUAAUCUGAUUUAAGAAUGUUAUAGAGUAAAUUAGAUUAAAUUUAAUAAGAACAAUUAGCUUUACAAAGUUAAUUGACUUAAAAAACUAAAUAAUUGAUUGAUAUCCAUGAUGAUGUUAAAUAAGAAGAAUAGAUUUAAUAAUAGUAAUAAUUAUCUAAUGAGAAUGAACUAUUAAAGAAAUAGUUAGAAAAAGUUAAAAGUUAAUAUUAAGAACUUCUAGAAUUAUAAUCAUAAAAUUUAACGCCAAAUGGAUUAUAAGAGAAAUUAUUACAACAAACAAAGCAAAUACAUGAUCUAGAAGAACAAAAUCAUAUAUUAUAACAUCAAAUUGAGACAGAAAUCCCUUAAUUAGUAGGAGAACUCACUGAAACUAAAUAAAAGUUAAAAGAUGCCAUUACUGAUGCCUAAUUAUGGAAUGAUAAAUAUCAUGAUUUGUUAGAUCACAAAUAAAGUGUUUAACCUCAACAUUAAGAAGAAGAUAUUGCUAAGAUGACAAAAGAAGAAGCUUAAUAAGCAUUAUCAGAUCUAUAGUAAUAAUACUAAAACUCAUUACUAAAAUUAAAAUAGGCUUAAGAUAAUGCAGAGGAAAAUAAAUAAAAUUUAAUAAAGGCAUAAGAUAAUCUUGAUAAUUCAUCAAGAGAUGCAAAAUUAUUAAAAGAAUAAAAGGAAAUCUUAGAAAAAUAAACUGAAAAUCUAUAAAAUGUAAACAAUGAUCUAAAAUAAAAAGAUUAAGAAAAUAGAUAGUAAAUUUUAGACUUGAGAAAUUAAUUGGAAUAAGAAAAUGCAGAGUUUUGGAGAACUGAAUAUCAAAAAUUAGCAAAUAAACAUGGAGAAGAUAUUCCAACAUAAUUCCCAAGUUCAAAAUAAGUAGUUCCAUAACACAUCUAAAAAGAUGAAGGAAAUUAGACAGAAGCUAUAUAAGAAUUGAAAAAAUAAAAUGAAUUAUUACAAACAUAAUUAGAAGAUUAAAAUUAAUUACAAUAAGAAAAUGAUGAAUUAAAGGCUAACAAAUUAUAAUUGUAAGACUAAUUAUUAUAAGCUUAAAAAUAAUUGCAAGAUUUAUUAUCUGAAUAAAUUCCAAAAUAAGUAACAUCCUCAGGAUCAAUUCAAUUUUAGACUGAUCCAUAAAAAGCAUUAGUAGAUCAGUUAAUUAUAAUAAACUAAUUAAGCAUUAAAUUAAUAAAUAGAAGAAUUAUAACAAUAAAGAAAAGAAGAUUUAUAGAAGUUUUAAGAUAUGAUUGGAAAUGGACCUUGAUGUCUGAAAAAUAAUAACUGUAAUCUGAUUUAAGAAUGUUAUAGAGUAAAUUAGAUUAAAUUUAAUAAGAACAAUUAGCUUUACAAAGCUAAUUGACUUAAAAAACUAAAUAAUUGAUUGAUAUCCAUGAUGAUGUUAAAUAGGAAGAAUAGAUUUAAUAAUAGUAACAAUUAUCUAAUGAGAAUGAACUAUUAAAGAAAUAAUUAGAAAAAGUUAAAAGUUAAUAUUAAGAACUUCUAGAAUUAUAAUCAUAAAAUUUAACACCAAAUGGAUUAUAAGAGAAAUUAUUACAACAAACAAAGCAAAUACAUGAUCUAGAAGAACAAAAUCAUAUAUUAUAACAUCAAAUUGAGACAGAAAUCCCUUAAUUAGUAGGAGAACUCACUGAAACUAAAUAAAAGUUAAAAGAUGCCAUUACUGAUGCCUAAUUAUGGAAUGAUAAAUAUCAUGAUUUGUUAGAUCACAAAUAAAGUGUUUAACCUCAACAUUAAGAAGAAGAUAUUGCUAAGAUGACAAAAGAAGAAGCUUAAUAAGCACUAUCAGAUCUAUAGUAAUAAUACUAAAACUCAUUACUAAAAUUAAAAUAGGCUUAAGAUAAUGCAGAGGAAAAUAAAUAAAAUUUAAUAAAGGCAUAAGAUAAUCUUGAUAAUUCAUCAAGAGAUGCAAAAUUAUUAAAAGAAUAAAAGGAAAUCUUAGAAAAAUAAACUGAAAAUCUAUAAAAUGUAAACAAUGAUCUAAAAUAAAAAGAUUAAGAAAAUAGAUAGUAAAUUUUAGACUUGAAAAAUUAAUUGGAAUAAGAAAAUGCAGAGUUUUGGAGAACUGAAUAUCAAAAAUUAGCAAAUAAACAUGGAGAAGAUAUUCCAACAUAAUUCCCAAGUUCAAAAUAAGUAGUUCCAUAACACAUUUAAAAAGAUGAAGGUAAUUAGACAGAAGCUAUAUAAGAAUUGAAAAAAUAAAAUGAAUUAUUACAAACAUAAUUAGAAGAUUAAAAUUAAUUACAAUAAGAAAAUGAUGAAUUAAAGGCUAACAAAUUAUAAUUGUAAGACUAAUUAUUAUAAGCUUAAAAAUAAUUGCAAGAUUUAUUAUCUGAAUAAAUUCCAAAAUAAGUAACAUCCUCAGGAUCAAUUCAAUUUUAGACUGAUCCAUAAAAAGCAUUAUAGAUCAGUUAAUUAUAAUAAACUAAUUAAGCAUUAAAUUAAUAAAUAGAAGAAUUAUAACAAUAAAGAAAAGAAGAUUUAUAGAAGUUUUAAGAUAUGAUUGGAAAUGGAGUAAAUGAAUAAUAAAUUGUGGCCUUAAUGUCUGAAAAAUAAUAACUAUAAUCUGAUUUAAGAAUGUUAUAGAGUAAAUUAGAUUAAGUUUAAUAAGAACAAUUAGCUUUACAAAGUUAAUUGACUUAAAAAACUAAAUAAUUGAUUGAUAUCCAUGAUGAUGUUAAAUAGGAAGAAUAGAUUUAAUAAUAGUAAUAAUUAUCUAAUGAGAAUGAACUAUUAAAGAAAUAGUUAGAAAAAGUUAAAAGUUAAUAUUAAGAACUUCUAGAAUUAUAAUCAUAAAAUUUAACACCAAAUGGAUUAUAAGAGAAAUUAUUACAACAAACAAAGCAAAUACAUGAUCUAGAAGAACAAAAUCAUAUAUUAUAACAUCAAAUUGAGACAGAAAUCCCUUAAUUAGUAGGAGAACUCACUUAAACUAAAUAAAAAUUAAAAGAUGCCAUCACAGAUGCCUAAUUAUGGAAUGAUAAGUAUCAUUAACUUUUAGGAGAUCAUUAAUAAGCAUCUCCUUAACAAAUUUUGGAUUUAGAAUAGAAACUUACAGAUGCAUAAAAUGAAGUUCAAAAGGAAAAAGAAAAGUAUAAUCAUUUAUUUUAGGAAUAAUAUUCAUAAUUAUCUCCAUCAUCUGCCUAAGCUAAACUUUUAGAAGCAGUUAAUUAAAUUAAUGAAUUGAAGGCCUAAUUAGAAGCUUAAGAAAAAGCAAGAAUUGCAAAUUUAAUUGAAAAAGAGCCUUCUUUAGCAAUGGAUAAACUUUAAGAAGACCUUCUUAAUUAUCAAAAAUAAGUUGAGAUGCAAGAAAAACUAAAUGAAAUUCAAUUGCAACAAAUUGAAUUUUUGAGAAACUAGCUUGCUUAAAGAGACUAAAAAUAAUAAAUAAAAUAAGACUAAGAAGAUGAAGAGACUUAACAAUCAUUGAGAGAUCAAAAUAUUAUCCUAUAAGCAUAACUUGCUUAAAAGUAAAAAGAGUUGGAUAAUGCCUAGGCAACUUUGAUAUAAAAUCAAUAGAUUAUAGAUGAAUAAUAAUAAGAGUAAUUAAAGUCUGAGUUUUGGAAGAAAUAAUAUACAGAUUUAAUUUCUUAAUAGGCUCCUGCUGAUUAACAAAAGUAAAUAUUAAAGCAAAAGGAAUCUGAACUAACUUAAGAGAUUAAGCAACCAUCACAAUCUAAUAAUGAUAACUUAUAAGAACAAAUCAAUAAUUUGUUAAUUGAGAGGGCUUCUCUUUAAUAACAACUAAUUCAAGCUUAAGGCAAACUAGGCAAAGCUACAUAAAAUCUGGAAAGCACAGAUAGCCCUUAGUAAGGAUAGGAUAGUUAAGGAUAAAUUUAAAAAUUGAAUAGGGAAGUAUAAGAAUUGCAACAAAGAAAUUAAAAUUUAAUUGAAUAAAUGAAAUCUGCAUUGAGCGGAGAUGAUUAGGGACAAAAACUAGCAUAAUUAAUUGAGAAAAACAACUAAUUAAGCUUAAAUAAUUCAAAAUUAAUGAUAGAUUUAGAUGUAAAUCAGAAAGAAUUAUUAAAACAAUAAGGCUAAAAUUAAGUUUUAAUUGAAAAAGUUAAAGAUUUGUCUGAUCCAUCUGUUACAGAAAAUGCAAAGUUGCGAGUUUCAGAUUUAUAAAAGUAGAUAGAUCUAAUUGGGUAACAAGUAGAUUUUUGGAAAUAAAAAUAUUAAUAAGUUUUAAAUGAAUACAGCUAAUAAUUAUCACCAACAAGUAUUCAGAGAAAAAUGCUUGAAUAGGCUCAAUAUAUUCAUUAAUAAGAGGAAGCAUUAUUAAUGUUACAAUAAACUACAGAUUAAACUAAAUUAGAUAAUGAAAAUUAAAUUAAUUAACUAAGAAUUGAAAAUAAGAUAUUAAACGAUGAAAAUGUUAAUUUGAAAAAGAGAAUUUAAGAAUAAGAAAAUUAAUCCUAAUAAAUAUCAAGAUAACAUGUAUUGUCUUAAGAUUAAUAUGAUAAGUAAAUUCAAUUUUGGAAAGAGAAAUACUAGGAAGCCUUAUAGGCCUUACAUAAAGAUCCAUAAAAAGUUUAGGAUAUUAUUUAGCAAUAAGAAGAAUCAGCAUAAAAUAUAUAAUCAGAUAAAGACUGGCAACCAAUAUUAAAACAAUAAGAUUAAAGUUCAGAAAUAAUAGAUAAACUAAGAAGCGAGAAUCAAACAUUUUAAGGAGAAGUGACAUUCUACAAAAAGAGAGUAUUUGAGCUAGAAUAAUAACAGUAAAAGCCAGAUCCAAGCUAAUAAGACACAAUUUAAUCAUAAUAAUACUAAAUUAGCCAACUUGAUCGAGAUUUGUAAAAGGCUCUACAAACUUCUGCCUAUUGGGAAUAAAAAUAUAAUGAUGUUGUACAAUAAAGUAUCAACAAAGAAGUAGGUCAAAGGGGUGAUGCUCAAAAUACAGCAAGCUAUUGGAGAUAAAAAUUCGAUUAAGCAGAAUAAAGCAGAUAAUAACUCAUGCAAGUAAUUUAAGAAAAAGAAGAAUAAAUAGAGUAGCAUAUGCAGUCUUUCUAAUCAAUUCUCAAAGAUGAAUUAAAAGAAGAGUUAACCAAAAUUAGAAAUCAAGAGAGAUAGAAAAUUGAAUUACAACUUUAACAGAAUUAACCAUAUAAUGAAUCUAAUUUAAUUCAAAAACUCAAAGAAUAACACGAAGUUGAGAAAUAGUAGUUAAUUUAAGAAUUUUUAAGAAGAAUUGAUUAGUUAUUGUAAAGUAAUGUUUAGAAAUAUCCAGAAGGAGAAAAUUGGAAGGAACUAAUUUUAAGGUAUGAAAAACAGAGAUAAAACGAGCUUUAUGAGUUAAGACAACAUUUAGAAAUACUAUAAAGAUCAUAAAUUUAAACUAAAGAUAUAGAAUUUUAUGCUGAACGAAGGGCAUAUGAAAAUGCUAUUAACGAAUUAAAAAAUAGAAUUUAAUAAGAUGAUCCAUAAGAAUUAUAUGAUACUAUUGAAUAUUAAAGAAAGGUCAUUUUAGAUUUAGAGGAUUAGGUCGGGUUCUUAUAAAAUGAAAGAAACAAUCUCGAAAUGCAUAUAAUGCAACUUAAUUAAUAAAUUGAUCAGCUCAAGGACAAUAUAUCUAGAUAUCAAAUGCAAUCUGACAAUAGAAAAAGAUAGAGAGCUGAAGUCCUUGAAGCAAUUGAAGAAAUGAAACGAGAAAGAGCUCGCGAAAGAGAAUCCUACAAAUCUCCUCAUAGAUAAAUGAGAUAGAGCUAAAAUAGAUCUUCAUGGGAUAGAUACCCUAAAGAUUAUUUAAGACCUUCAAAUAUCUAAUAGCCAUCAUAAUUCCAAGAGCAUAGUUCUCCUAUGUAAAGGAUACCAUUCUAGCAAUCUUAAUUUGUGUCUCCUCAACAAGAAAAUAGAGACAUAGUAUUAAAGUUACAAGAAUUAGAUGAAGUGAAACAUAAAUAUCAAAAUGCACUAAAUAAUAUUUUGUAGUUAGAGGCUUAAGUGAUAGAGAAACUAUAACAAGAUGAUAUUUAAAUAGAAUGA